AUGGGCGCCGGCCGUGUCUGCCGCGGUGGCCCCUCCUCCGCUUCCCCACCGCCGGUGCCACCGCGGGGCGGCGUUCCUGAGGCUCGCCACGUCCUCCUCCAGCCUCCCGUUCCUCGGCCCCCUCCGAGGCUGGGGUCCACAUCGGUCACCAAGACGGUGAACGGCGCCCACCACUUCAAGAUCGCGGGCUACUCCCUCUCCAAGGGGAUCGGGAUUAAGAAGUUCAUCGCCUUCGAGUCCUUCAACGCGGGGAUGGCGCUAGCUACGUCUCGCUAUGUUGGUGAGGCAUGGGAAGGUGUUCGAGUUGAAGGACUCGGUGUUGACAUGGGAAGGAGCAGAAGCCACAAGCCAUUGAUUAAAACCAAAAAUUAG